UGUUGUCUGUACUUUUGCGCUGUCCGUCAAAUGCGAUGCGCCGCACGAGUCAUGCAUAAAGUAUGCGCCGACAGCGUUUUGCGAACGACGAGUUAUUGUUUGUGUGCGCGACUCUGUCGCUUGUUGGCAGCGCGACGCCGGCACCUGUUGUAUUCGGCUUUAACAAACCGGUGGAGCCCGCCGUCGGCGAGUUUCCGUUCCAGGCCAGUCUCAUGCAACAGCUCUCCGACAAGAGUUACCACAGCUUCUGCGGCGGCAGCCUCAUCCAUCCGGAGUGGGUACUCACCGCCGCACACUGCAUCCAAUUGGACGAAUCCGUGCCCGCAAUGAAACCCGCCGAAGUGCAUGUCGCAUUCGGCAGCAUCCUCCGCAGCGCAAAGGGCGCGCAGAUCAUCCCUGCGAAGUCGCUUACCAUUCAUCCGAAAUACCUCAGCUCCGGCGGACGCAACGACAUCGGAUUAGUUCAGCUGAGCCGACGCGCGAAAUUGAGUAAGCGCGUCAAGCUGGUGCGUCUACACCGGAGCAACAAGGAAGACCUGCUCGGCUCCACCGCCUUCCUGACGGGCUUCGGCAUCAUUAACGAUUUAUACCAGGAACCGGAGCGCUUGCGUAAGGCGACGUUGAAAAUCGAGAGGAAUAACAAGUGCUACAACGAUGCCGAUUACGCCGACAGGGAAUUGUGCGGCGCUUCCAAACUCGCGGAUGGGAAAGCUUGCAAAGGCGAUAGCGGUGGUCCGCUGACGAUAAAUCGCAACGGCGCACUGGUGCAAAUCGGCGUUACGAGUCGACUCGCGCUUCUUCCGUUCUGCCGCAUCGGAUUCAAUCAUUCGGUGUACACCAGAGUCUCGCAUUACGUGGCGUGGAUAUCGCGCGUUACCGGCAUAGAUUUCAGCAAAUACAAUGCGAGCAAAUAAAUACAUUUUCCUCUCGA